AUGCACAGCUUUCCCCCAAGACCAACGACAGCCCCACACACAGUCUUCCCCCAAGAUCAAUCGCAGCCCCACGUACAGCCUGCACCCCCCAAGACCAAGGGCAGCCCCACACACAGCCUGCCCCCAAGACAAAAGGAAGCCCCACACACAGCCGGACCCCCGAAAAGCAAGGGGAGCCCCACACAGCCUGCUCCCCAGAUCAAUCGCAGCCCCACGUACAGCCUGCACCCCCCAAGACCAUGGGCAGCCCCACAAACAGCCUGCCCCCCAAGACAAAGGGAAUCCCCACACACAGCCGGACCCCCCAAAAGCAAGGGGAGCCACACGCACAGCCUGAACCCCAACACCAAGGGCAGCCUCAUGCACAGCCUGCCCGCCCACACCAAGGCUAGCAGCACGCACAGCCUGCCCCACCAAGACCCAGGCAGCCCCACGCCCAGCCUGCCCCCACAAGACCAGACGCAGCCCCACACACAGCCGAACCCCCAACACAAAGGGCAGCCCCACGGUCAGCCUGCCCCCAGGACCAACCGCAGCCCCAUACACAGCCUGCACCCCAAGACCAAGAGCAGCCCCACGCAUGCCUGCCGCCCAAAACCAAGGGAAACAGCACGCACACUCUGCCCUAAAGCGCAACCGCAGCCCCACAUAAAGCCUGCACCCCACAAGACCAUGCAGACCUACGAACAGCCUACUCCCCCAAGACCAAUGGCAGCCCAAGCACGGCCUGCCCCAGAAGACCAAGGGCAGCCCCACGCACAGCCUGCCUACCCAAGACCAAAGGGGCAGUCCCACGAUGGUCUGCCCCCCAACACCAAGGGCAGCCCCACAUACAGCUUCCCACCCAAAUCCAAGGGUAGCCCCACACACAGUCUGCCCCCUAAGACCAAUCGCAGCCCCACGCACAGACUGACCACCAAGACCAAGGGCAGCCCCACGCACAGCCUGCACAUCAAGACCACACUCAGCUAUACGGCAGCACCAAACGAGGCCUGCCCCCAAAAGACCAACCGCAGCCCCACGCACAGUCUGCCCCAACCAAGUCCAAUGGCUGCCCCACGCAGUACCUGCCCCCGCAAGACAAGCAGCAGCCCCAAGAACAGCCUGCCCCGCCGAAACCAGCAGCAGGCCCAAUCACAACCUGCACCCACCAAGCUAGCCGCAGCCCCAGGCAGAACCUGCACGCUCAAGACCAGCCGCAGCCCCACGCACAGCCAGCACCCCAAGACCAAGAGCAGACCCACGCACACCCUAACAUCUCCACACCAAAGGCAGCACCACGCACAGCCUGCCCCAACCAAGUCCAAUGGCUGCCCCACGCAGAAACUGCCCCCGCAAGACAAGCAGCAGCCCCAAGAACAGCCUGCCCCGCCGAGACCAGCAGCAGUCCCAAUCACAACCUGCACACCCCCCCAAGAUAGCCGCAGCCCCAGAAGGAACCUGCACCCUCAAGACCAGCCGCAGACCCACGAAGAGCCGGCACCCCAAGUCCAAGAGCAGCCCCACAAAUAG